AUGGCCGACUUUGACGUGGAAGAGGUGCUCAAGAAGCUCACCGUCUCCGAGAAGGUUGACCUUCUUGCGGGUAUCGACUUCUGGCAUACCAAAGCCCUCCCCAAGCAUAACAUACCCUCCAUUCGACUCUCCGACGGCCCCAAUGGCGUUCGCGGCACCAAAUUUUUCAAUGGCAUCAAGGCCGCCUGCUUCCCCUGUGGUACGGCUCUCGGUGCAACCUUCAACACUGAGCUCCUCGAAGAGGCCGGUAAGAAGAUGGGUGAGGAGGCCAAGCUCAAGGGAGCCCACUGUAUUCUGGGCCCCACCAUCAACAUGCAACGAUCUCCGCUCGGCGGCCGAGGUUUUGAGUCCAUUGGCGAGGAUCCGGUCCUGGCCGGUCUCGGCUCCGCCGCCAUUGUGAGAGGCAUCGAGAGUACCGGUAUCCAGGCGACACCUAAGCACUUUGUCUGCAACGACCAGGAGCACAGGCGCAAUGCCGUUCAUAGCAUUGUGACGGAGCGCGCGCUGCGCGAGAUCUACGCCCUCCCUUUCCAGCUGACCUUCCGCGACUCUACGCCUGGCGCCCUCAUGACGGCCUACAACGGCGUCAACGGCACCUUCUGCAGUGAGAACUCCGACCUUCUGGACAAGCUGGUCCGUAAGGAGUGGGGCUGGGACGGAAUGAUCAUGAGCGAUUGGUACGGAACUUACAGCACCACGGAGGCGGCCAACGCCGGUCUCGACCUCGAGAUGCCCGGCCCCCCUCGCUUCCGUGGGGAGCCUCUCAAGUUCAACGUGUCGACGGAUAAGGUCCGCCAGCACGUGCUUGAUGAGAGAGCUCGCGCCAUGCUCAAGUUCAUCAAAAAGGCUGUGGCCACAGGCAUUCCCGAGGGCGCCCCUGAGAAGACGGGAGACACUCCCGAGACCGCCGAGUUGCUGAGACGCAUCGGCGGUGAAAGUAUCGUCCUUCUCAAGAACGACAACAACGUGCUUCCCCUGAAGAAGGACAAGAAGACUGUUGUCAUCGGACCCAACGCCAAGAUUGCCACCUACCACGGAGGUGGUUCCGCCUCGCUGGCUGCCUACUACGCCGUCACCCCCUUCGAAGGUAUUAGCAAGAAGCUCGAGUCGCCCCCGGAGUAUACCGAGGGCGCCUACUCUCACAAACUCCUGCCUCUCCUCGGUAACGUCUGCAAGUCGGCUGGCGGCAAGCCCGGUAUGACGAUGCGUGCCUACAACGAGCCCCCGACGGACCACAGCCGCGAGUGCCUCGACGAGCUCGUCCUGACCAAGACGGAGCUGCUGCUCGUCGACUACUACAACCCCAAGUUCAAAUCUAACCUCUGGUACGCCGACUUUGAAGGCUCCUUCGUCGCCGAAGAGGACUGCACCUACGAGCUGGGCCUCAUUGUCUGCGGUACGGCCAACCUCUUUGUCAACGACAAGCUGGUCAUCGACAACAGCACCAAACAGCGCCAGGGAGACGCCUUUUUCGGCGCCGCGACCCUCGAGGAGAAGGGCCGCGUCGAGCUGAAGAAGGGCGAGACGUACACCUUCAAGGUCGAGUUCGCCUCGGCCCCGUCGUCCAAGCUGCAGGGCGACAACGUCGUCUUCGGCGGCGGCGCCCUGCGCAUCGGCGGCUGCAAGGUCAUUGAUAACAAGGCCGAGAUCGCAAAGGCCGCCGCCCUCGCCAAGGACGCCGACCAGGUCAUCAUCUGCUCCGGCCUCAACGCCGACUGGGAGACAGAGGGUAACGACCGCGCCGACAUGGACCUGCCGGGCUACCUCAACAAGCUCAUCUCGGCCGUCACCCAGGCGAACCCCAACACCGUUGUCAUCAACCAGUCGGGAACCCCCGUGCGCAUGCCCUGGGCCAAGGACGUCAAAGCCCUUGUCCAGGCCUGGUACGGCGGCAACGAGACGGGCAACGCCAUCGCCGACGUGCUCUUCGGCGAUGUCAACCCCUCGGCCAAGCUCUCCCUUAGCUUCCCCGAGCGUGUACAGGACAACCCGGCCUACCUCAACUACCGCGCCGAGGCCAGCCGCACGUUGUACGGCGAGGACGUUUACAUUGGCUACCGCUACUACGAGUACAUUGACCGCCCCGUGCUCUUCCCCUUCGGCCACGGGCUGUCGUACACGACCUUUGAUUUCAGCGACCUCAAGGUCACAGAGAAGGACGGCAAGAUCGCCGUCGACGUCACCGUCAAGAACACGGGUAAGGUGCAGGGCGCCGAGGUUGUGCAGGUCUACGUCGCGCCCAAGCAGAAGGCAAAGAUCAACCGCCCCCUCAAGGAGCUCAAGGGCUUCGCAAAAGUAUCGCUUGCGCCGGGCGAGAGCAAGAACGUCACGGUGGAUAUCGAGGCCAAGUACGCCGCCAGCUACUUUGACGAGGAGCGCCACCAGUGGUGCGCCGAGGAGGGAGAGUACGAGGUCAUUGUCAGCGACAGCAGUGUCUUGACGGACAAGGCCGUCAAGGGCAGCUUCAAGGUCGGCGAGACCUACUGGUGGUCCGGUCUGUAA